AUGUUAACUGCAGCGGUGUAUGUGAUUGCCUUCAUCGUAUCGUACGCCGUGUUGAAAUGGUUUAGGAAGAGGUGGGAACAUCACGGGAGCGCCAAGACAUCUCAACACCCACCACCUCCGUGUCUUCCUUACCUUCCCAUCGUUGGAUCGCUACCAUUCAUUCCCAAUCCUAAAAAAUUUUUCAUUCACAUGAUGACGGAAUCGAAGAAGUUGGGGAACGUCAUUGCAUUUUACAUGGGGAGUCAGUACAUAGUGGUUUUAAAUGGCCGAAAAACCAUUGAGAAAGCUCUGGUCGGCAAAUCUUUAACUUUUGCUAGUCGCCCAUCAAAUUUCAUAUUCAGGCUCUACAAUCCAAACCAUAAAGGUGGUAUUUUGCAACACCCGUUCAACGAGAAGUUCAGAAAAUAUCACAAGAUGUGCUUGAAUGUUUUGAAAAAUUUUGGACUCGGCCAGACGCACAUGGAAUCUAGAAUAACAUCUGAGUUAGAACAUUUUUUGCAGAAGAUAAAACUGAAAGAAGGCAAGUCGUUCAACCCCGAAAGAGAAUUGCAAUUAACAUUUUUCAACGUUAUAAGCAGUAUUCUGUUUGGUAAGCGUUGGUCUAGUGAAGAUCCAGAGUUUCAUAACGUUAUGAAACUGGGAGACGUUUUUGUUCGUAGUUACAUUCUGACAUUUUUCCCAUUUCUAAGGUUUUUUCCUUAUUUCAGAGGUCAAUUGAAACUGUUGGUGGAUUCUUUUAGAACGUUCAACAUGUUUCUAGAGAGAAACCUUCGUUCUGCUACGGACGAGGAAACGUUUUACAAGCAACUGAUUGAAGAAGCACAAAAAACAUCAGACGAGUCAGAUAGUGCCAGUCUGGUUGAUGACGAGCAGCUGCGGAUGAUCGUUAGAGACAUGACGUUCGGCGGAACGGAAACAGCAUCAACCACGAUGCGUUGGUUGUUAGUUUACAUGGCGAAUUACCAAGAUGUGCAGGAGCAGAUGAAAGAGGAAGUACACAGAGUUGUUGGCCUCGACAGAUUUCCAUCCUAUGACGACAAAUCAAAAAUGCCAAUCACUGAAGCUUGUAUUUUGGAGGUGAUGAGGAUUCGAACACUAGCUCCAACCAGUUUGCCGCACUUGACUCUGAACGAUUGCGUCAUUGACGGGAAAUACAUUCGAGGAGGAACAACCGUCUUGCCGAAUUUAUACAGUGCCCACAUGGAUCCACAGGCCUGGAAUGAGCCCGAAAAGUUUAAAGUGGAAAGAUUUCUGAGCAAUGACCAAAGAGAAGUUAUUAAUCGCAAUCUUGUCAUUCCUUUUUCGCUUGGUAAACGUUCAUGUCUGGGCGAGCCAUUGGCCCGUGUAGAGUUGUUUCUGUCCGUUUCCACGUUGAUUCAACACUUUCAAGUUUUGCCGCCAGAGGGUGAGGAAGAAGUGUUGGUUAAAGAAGUGUUUGGUACCACAGUCACUCCUUCCCCUUACAAAAUCAGAUUAGUUGAAAGAACUGAGGUCAAAUUAUAG